AUGAAAACGGCGUCCCCAGUAAAAGGCCCUGAUAUGAAGCUUCUUGCACCUCUGACUGCCGCCCUUUUAGAGCUCAUCCUGCUGCGGACGGCGGCUGGGGCCAUCGCGCAGCAGAGGCCCCUGGAUGCCCUCUCGCUCCCGCUGCGCCGGUUGAGACCAGUCACAAGCUCCGCCGCGGCCGGCAAACUCGCCGUGCCCGAGGACACGCCCCAGAAAUACUUUUCCGAGGCCGGCAGCACCAUGUCUCUGGUCCACUACGACUCCCGGUUCUUCAAGCAGGUCAUCAGCUACGGAGACCACCGUGUCGUCCUCCACCAUCUCACCCGCAGCUUUCUGGUCAUGAUGGAAAAGUACGAGCAGACCUCUUGGCUCGCCCACGGCAGCCUGCUCGGCUGGUGGUGGAACGGCCGCGUCAUGCCGUGGGACUUUGACGUCGACGUCCAGAUGACCGACGCCACCCUGGAAUGGCUGGGCGUCCAUCUCAACCAGACGGAGCAUGCGUACUGGUACACAACCGCCAGCGGCGAGAGGGUCGCAAAGAAAUAUCUCCUGGACGUCAACCCGCACUUCAAAGCCCCCGAUGCGGGGAAAUACCUAGCCAACAUGAUUGACGGGCGGUGGAUCGACAUGGACAACGGCAUGUUCAUCGACAUCACGGCGCUGCGGCAGCGAGACCCGCAGAGGCCGGGGGAGUGGAGCUGCAAGAACCAUCACAGGUACGCCGAAAACGACAUUUGGCCGUUGCAGGCGACGACGUUUGAGGGCACGAGGACGUUUGCUCCGUGGAACGUCAACAAAAUCUUGGCCCAGGAGUAUGGGGAGGCGUGUCUCACCAAGCUUGAGCACGAGGGACAUUACUGGAGUGACAGCGAGAAGGAGUGGGUGAUAAAUGGCGGAUCUGAAGCAAGAUGA